AUGAAAUGGGAAUACUUUAAGCAGUAUCAAGGCUUGAUAAUUCAAACUAACUUGUCUCCUACUAUAAAUAAUUUCAGCUAUGCAAAAUUCUAAAUUUGUGUGUAUUUCCUACAAUUGUCAUACUUUUUAAUUGAUGAUUCAAAUGAACAAGUUUUUAGCCUGAUAAAAUCAUUCACAAAAAUAUGUUUGAUUUCUCCAUACUUUAUGAAUAACAACCCAAUAAACAUUUUAAUCGGCAUUGCCAUAACCAUGCUGAAUUGCUUCCCUUAUAUCAUUAUCACUUAUCGCUUUAUAAUGAAAAGCCACAAUAGUGUAGACAGUAUCUCAAAGAGUGUUUUGGAUUUAAUUACCAUACUAAUAACUAACUAUUUUCUUAACUUCACUUGGUUAUUUUAUGUUAUUCAACUCUAUUAUGUUUGUUGGAACUUGCUGAAUGCAGCUGAUCCAUUGUUGAUAUUACUUUCUAUUUUUAAUUUAUUGAUUGCUUUGGUAAGCUUAUUAAUUUCAAAUAUCUAUUUCAUCAACUACGAAUUCUUUUAGUAAAGUUUAAGAAAAUACUUUAAUUACAAUAAUAUAAUAGCCCAAUUACUAUUAAUCCCCUUAGUGUUUAUGUCAAUUAGAACAUAGUUUAUUUUUGUUUUACUUUCAAAAAUUGUCUUUGGAUUGUUCAUAUGCAUGCUAAUAGGAGAGGCAAUCAUCUAGUAUCCUUUUGGAUUUUCAGCUUAUGCAAAAUUAUAUAAUUCGGGAUUAACAAUAUUCACAAUUGUUUAUCUAAUCACAACAAUACAGAAAGCAUUUUCAAUAAAUUCUUAUUCAUGCAUAGUGAUAUUCCUAAUACUUUUGCCUGUUUCAUAGCAUCUGACAACUGCUUUAGUUGAAAUGAAAAGAUAAACUGUUUACCAAACAAUUUCAAAGCAAAAUCAAUAUUUUGAAUUAUUGUACAUAGAGAACAUGUUUGAAUUGAAUGGUGAGGCCCAAAAAAGUAAGUAAAAGGAGAUUGAAUAUUUAACUAAAUUUUGUAUGCAUCACUCUCAUUGUAGAUUAAAUAAAUGUUAAUGUAAGAAAAUUGGCUUUGAGAAGAUCAUUUAACUUGACCAAACUGUUAUUUUUAUAUCAUGCUUGUUCAAAAAGAGUUUUGAUAAACAUAAAGCCACAGUAUAAAAGAGGAUUGGGGAUUUUGAAGUACUAUCUUUGAAGUUCUUAACCUUCAUUAAUAAAUUUAAAAGGAAUGGACCUAAAACUUAUUAAGAACUGAAAGUUCUAUUCUAAAAAUAAAGAGAAUAUUCAUUCUACUUUAUUUAAAUGUGUUUAUUUUUGUAAUUCAUAAUAUAGGCUUAAAUGCAAAAAGAUGAAGAUUACAACAUUAAUUCAGAAUCUCGAAGCAGAAUUUCAAAUGUGAAAUUGUAAGUGAGUAAAAGCGAGAGAAGUAUUGUAUAGAAUCUUUAUUAAAUGGAGUAAGUCAAAUAAAAUAUGUUACCAUUAUUAAUCUAAAUCUGUUAAUUUAAAUCUGGAUUUUGGAAGUAAAUUUAGGAAGGCAAAAUAGCCACAUUCAUUGAAAUAGAAAAAUAAUUGUAAUAGCUGUAAACAUUACAAAUUCAAAUAUCAAGAGACUAUAACAAGUAUCGAUCAAUAUUUUUUGUUAAUGGAAGGACCUAUAAUGUAUAAUUCUUAAAAUUUGAUGCCCUUAUCUAAUUGAUUCUAUAUAACAAUGCUAGAGCAUAUUAUGAGAUGGAAAAAGAUUGUAAGGAGAUCUUGGCUUAUGAAAGAAGCAUGAGUACGUUUGAAAUUACCAACAUCAACUUUUUUAAAGGAGAUGCUAUUUCAGUUAAGGUGUGUAUAGCAUUUGGCCCAAAUAUAGGGAAAGUCAGAAACAAAGUUAUUUCACCUUUGAUUCCUCGAUUUUUUGGAUUCGCUGACAUGGCAUCAUUUAUAGAUUAUACAAAAGGUAAUAUCAAUCCACUCAUGCCUAAUUGGCUUUUGGGUGUUCAUGAUGAAAUGAUGCAAAAUUAUAUUAGAAGAGGAUCAACUUAGAGAAUUGGAAAAUAUUUUUAAACAUUUGCAAAAUUAUGCGAUCAAACAUUAAUUAGAUGUUAAGUGUAUUUGGCUCAUAACUUUAGUCCAGAUUUAGAAGCUGAUUUUUCAAUGAUUGGGUGUUUGAAAAGAUUGGAAUAAGAUGAAUUAGAUCUUAAGGAGGAUUCUAAACGAUUAAGAAAUCUGAUAUUCAAAGGGUAACAACAUGUCCUAUUUGAUAUUUAUGGAAAUUUAAUGGGAAUUACUUAAGGAUUAUAUAAAAUGAUUGAUCGUAUGCAAAGAAAGCCUAAAGAUAAUAAUAAGUAAGAUGAAGUAAAACAGAAAUCUUUUGAGAAUGAGGAGUCUUCUGCAGAUUCAGAAUCUGAAGUUUUUGAUGUCUAUGAAAUUAAAUGGUCAAAUGAACCUCUUACUAUCGAAGACUUCUACUUAAAAGUGUUAAUUUGGAUGUUGUUCCCAUUUAUUACAGCUGAGAUUGAAUAAACAGGGAUAGAAUUUUUGAUGAAUGGCUAAGUACCUCCAAAAGGAAAAUAUCCAAAUCAAAUAGAUCUGGAAAGUAGUAACACAGUGGUUUCAAACAAAGAGACAUACAUGUUUGUACCAGAAGAUAUCAAUUUAUUUGUUUAACAAUACAACAAGGUUCUAGGUAAAAUAAAUGAGGAUGAGAAAAUUCAGACUUCUAAUUUCUCUCUGAGUGGCAAAAGGUAAUAAUUUAUGGAAUCUGAAUCACUCAAUACUAAAUAAUAGGUUACAGUAUUUAAUGAGAAAUUGUGUUCAUUCUUUUUUGAAGAAUUCCUAAGAAAGCAUCAAUAAAUGGUCUUGGGCAAUUUCUCAAGGCAGGAGAUGAGGGUUUCUAAUCUGAAUUAAAUGACAACUAAUAUUUAGCAUUCAGAAAAUGCAGAUUCAUCUUCUGAAAGUGAAGGACAAUUAAAAACUAGGGCCGAAUAGAUGUAUUAUGAUAAGUUCCAAAAUUAUAUAUAAAGGAUUACAACAUAAGAUUUCAAUCCUAUUCCAGUUAUUUAUUCUGUUAACUAUGAAGAGUUUAGGUAUAAAAAGAAUGAAAUAGAAAAUAAAGUUUAAAUGUUUGUUAUUGAAUUGACUGUAAAUGAAUAAUAAGUUGCUAGUAUGGAAAAAGGAUAUCGCGUAAUUGAAAUAAGAUAAAAAUGA